GGGUGGAACAUAAUUUUACGGUAAAAAUUACAGUAUCACCGACAAAAACAACAACAACAAUACACAAUAUAAUCAAAAGUAGCAUUGUGUGAAUAAUAAAGAAUAAAUACAUAAAGUGUUAGAUUGUUUACUAAAGUGAAGUAUGGCUUAUGCCCCACCAUAUCCCUAUGAUCGACCAGGCGAUUGGCCCCCACCACCACCUGUGAAUCGACCUUACGCAGAAGAUUGGGCUCCACCACCUCCACCUCCCACAGAACGACCUUACCCAGGAGAUUGGGCUCCGCCACCACCCUUGAAGCAUCCCUACCCAGAGGAUUGGGUUCCGCCACCUCCACCACCAUUGAAGAGACCAUACCCAGAGGAUUGGGCCCCUCCUAGGCCAGAGUAUGAGCCAAGAUCUGUUGGAACAGACAAUUUCUCAGAACCUGGAUCUCCAUGGGGCCCCAGCUACUCAAAGUACAGAAACUAUGAUUGGAAAGAUCCAGACAGCAAUACGAGGGAUUAUAGAGAUUGGGGAAGUCCAGGCUACUCUGAAAAUUCAGGUUACCGUGACAACAAUACUGGUAGUGACAGUGCCGGAGUUGAUUUCACGGAUGAUUACACAGCUUUUUAUGGCAAUGAAGCCCAGAUUCAAAAUGAAAAUGGCAACAAUGCAUGGUUGGGAGAGGGAGAGUUUCAAAUGGAUGAGUCACAAGGUGCUAUGCAAAACAGAGGUCAAGGUCAUCAAAAUAGGGGCAGAUGGAAUAGAGGUAGAGGGAAUCAGGGACGAGGCCAAAGGAAUCUAAACAGAGGUCAGUUUAAUCAAAAUAGAGGCCAAGGGAACUCAGACAGAGGUCAAUUUUAUCAGAAUAGAGGACAAGGAAACCCAAACAGAGGUCGGGGUAAUCAGUAUAGAGGCCAAGGUCAGCAGGCCAGGGGUCGAGGAAAUCAGAAUAGAGGUGGAUAUGAACAAUAUCGUGGAGGAGACAGAGGUGGAGACAGAGGACAGUUUAGGGGAAGAGGGAGAGGUGUGCAAAGAGGAAUGCCACCAGAUCAGCGAGGUCGAGGUAGGGGAAGUAACAAAGCAGCUGCUGGUCCCACCCCCGCUAAAGCAGCAAAACCAGAUAUUCCUGAUAUCGAGAAUAUGUCUACAAAAGAAAAGAUACACAGACUGUGUGAAUAUAUGAAGAAACCUGAAAGUGUCCGGGAUAAUAUUGUACAGACUAUCAUGAAUGGUAUCGCAGGUUUAAAACUUGGUCUGAAGCCUGAUUAUGACUUUAAAGACCUUGCUAAAGCUAGAGAGAAGGCAAUGUAUACAGGUGUUCUGAUGGUGGACGAUGUGUUCAUUGCACGUGCAGUCAGGCCAAGCAAAAAAGAAUUAAAGCAGGAAGUGUUUCAGAAAGCAUUCAAAGUGUUGUCCACAAAGACUGUAGAUGAGGUAUAUAAUCUGGUGGAUCCCGGCGCAGAUGCUAUAAGGGAAGAAUUGGACCGGCAAAUGAAAAAAGCAGAGGAAGAGAAGAAGAUUAAAGAUGACAUAGCAAAUAAAGAAGCCUAUAACCUGGUGUGUGGGGAAACAGAGUCUGUUCUGACUCAGCUUAUCCAAGCUAUAACAAAUAUGAAAAGAUUGCCGGACAAUCCUAUCUGUAUCCUUGAACAAGCAUCAACGCAGGCACAUAUACUUAUCAAGCAUGAGUACCAAGUUGACGUAACAAGAAUGGAGAAUGGUCUUCUCUACUGUAGAGGGAAAGUCAGUGUCGGACCCUUAGUGAUUGGUCGAGGUAGAGGAAUAAGUAAAAAGAAAUGUAAAGCUGAAACAUACCAAAAUGCACUGCAACGCCUGAAAACAUUGCCCAUUUCAGAAUUGAUGGAAUCUGUACCGGAGGAACCUGUACCUGAUAUUUGUUUGACAGACGAAUCUAAAACCUGUCUGUCAUUAGAGGAAAGGUUUUCGGCAUUCAUUCAGUGUUUGGGAGAAAUGGCUUUCAAGGAUAGUAACAUGAUGCAGAUAGACGUAGCAGCUAUACAGAAUGGGAUCAUACCAAUGCUCAUAUUUAGACCAGAUACAACUACAGAAGGAAAGAGCCGUAACAUGAUAUGUGAAUUUUAUCUGGAGAAAGUGUUAAUUGCUUCAUGUGAGGGAACAUGGAGACGUGACUGUAUGGGUAGAGUUUAUGCACAGGCUUUGGAGACCUUGACAUCAACAAGUGUGGAAGUACUCCUUACAAAACAUAAACGCAUCACAGACGAGGAAGUCAAAGAUCCAACAUUACUUGAUGUUGUUAUAAAAGGAACAGGAAAAACAAUAGAGUCAAACGCGCCUGGCCUGAGACGACUCGGGUAUCACUUAAAUGAGAUUGAGGGCAACAAGGUGGAAGAUCUCGUUAUCAUUGAGCAUGGUGGCUGGUCCAGAGAUCGCAUACGUAAUGCAUUCUGUAUACUUCAGUUCAGUUGUAAUCAGAAUGGUAUGCUGCUACAAUGGGAAACAAAUACCAUAGAGAGAAACUACAGGUGUAUAAUGUCAGUACAGAAACAAGUACUAGGACAGAGUUUUGGGCCUAGAAAAACCAAUGCACGAUAUCUCGCAGCAACUGAUGUCCUACUCAAGCUGUACGAAACUCAGGAUGUGAUCAGGAUAGCUGCUAGAAGCGAGGAUGAAAAUGACUGGAUUCCUUGGGAGUCCAUAACAGCUGAGGCUGAAAAACUGAAAGAUGAGAAUGUUCUAGAAGAACCUCCUAUCAUCGAACCUGAUGAGUUUGGAAAUCCUCCUCCAGAUUAUUUUUUGAUGGAAGUACUUAGACGUAAAGUUGAUGAUUUCGUAGGGAACAAAGAUGAAGAUGAACUUAUAAUUGGGCCAGGGUCUGCUAUGGCUGAAAGACAUGCCAUUAGGGACUAUGCAGCAGACUUCAAUUUAAGGUGUGACUUAAUGCAGUUUAAGGGUGAGCCAUAUAUGUUGUUUUAUGAAAAAAAAAGCUGGAGGGAACUUGUCAAUAUUCUGAAAGGAAGGGAUAGGCCAUAUGGAAAAUUUGUUCUUGUAAACAAAGAAACAUUGCCGAAGUAUGAGGAAAUGAACAAAAUCAUUAAAGAUUUAUCCAAAAAUGAGGUAGAGACCAGUGCAGAUUCUGAGGUCACAAAGCUAGAUUCCAUAGGAAAUGAUGAAGAACUUGGAGAUUCAGUUUGACCAAUAGAAAGAAGGAGUAAAUUUCUGAUGACGGGACACGAUUCUUUUUUACUCAGAGGAAAUAAAAGUAAAACAUCUGAUGAUUGUAAAGAAUUAAGGAAUUUGUAAUUCUUUUUGACUGAGAGGAAGUAUUUAGGAUAAGAUAUGGCUAAGGAUUUUUUUAUAACGGGGAAUUUAUGUGUUUAGCUCACUAUGUUCUUCAAAACUGAUUUAGAUAGUGAAUGUGACUUAAGAACAAGAACUUAUUUAAUUUACAUAAAUGACGGAAAAAAAAACUGCAACAGGAUAGUGUUCUUUUUCACAAUAUUUUUUUUAGAGGAAUAUAUUUUGUAAAAAGGAAUAUUUUACUUGUAAAAAGAUGACAUAUUUUAGCAGUUUACAAGCUACUGUUCAAUCAUAUUAUAUAACUGAUUAAGUCACAGUCAUUCAGGAUAAAUUGCCAUUACACUUACUCAAAGAAUAGGUGGAACAAGAAAUGAUAGAUUUAUGUUGUAUGUGAAUGUGAAAAUAAAUUGUAUAGAUGA